AUGUCUUCUGAGCAUAUCGACCCCAAGGCCUACGCCACCGAGCAUGAUAUCCUAUCCCACAGCGACAAGGAGGUGGGAGAUCCGAGUCCAGCAUUGAAGCUCGAUCCCCACGGCUAUCCAUUACGUCCACAGCCUUCUGAUGACCCGCUGGAUCCGUUGAAUUGGAGUCGCACAUGGAAGCUGGUGACAUUGCUUCAGGUGUCCUUCCUGUCAUUCCUCGGUCCAUUCACACAAGGCUUCAUUAAUCCAGCUUAUGCUCCAUUGGCAAAAUCCAUGCACAUUACCAUCACCGAGGCAUCCUACAAUACUACCCUUUCCAUUGUGACUGCGGGCGUGAUAGGAUUGUUGCUCUCGCCGAUCUCGAAUAUUUAUGGCCGGCGACCUGUUUACAUUUUUACAUCAAUCAUCGGCAUUGUUGCAGGCGCUGGUUGUGCCAUUUCCAAAACAUGGGGAACCCUGCUCGCUGCGCGUGUGAUCGUCGGUAUAGGGGUGGCUCCAGGAAUGGCAAUUGGAGGCUCCGCGGCCUCGGACCUAUAUUUCAUGCAUGAACGUGGCAAGUUCAUGGGUAUUUAUGUGGUCUUCGUCACAAACGGCGCCCAUAUCGCCGCCCUCUGCGGUGGUUUUACGGCACAGAGCCUCAGCUGGCGUUGGAGCUACUGGGUUCCCUGCAUCGCUCUGGCUGUCAGCUGGAUUAUCAACAUUUUCUGCCUGCCCGAAACACUAUAUCACCGCAACAAUUCGACAGGUGAAACAUACAAGCGUACGAAAAAUCGGUUGGCCCUCUUCACCUUUCGAUCGACUGCUGGUAAGCGGCGUGUGAAACUGUGGGACAUUACACACUGCUUCGUCAUGCUCAAGUAUCCAUCGGUGCUCUUCUGCUUCAUCUACUACAGUUAUGCCUUUGGUAUCGGCACGGUACUGUUCGCGGUCACCGGUGCCGCGGCCUUCGGUAAGAUAUACCAUUUCGACGUCGCACAGGUUGGCAUGGCUAUCGGGUUGUCGACCACGAUAGGGUCCGUUAUUGGUGAACUUGCCGCUGGUCCGGUCAGUGAUCGAAUCCUGUAUCUGUUCAUGAAGCGGAACAACGGUCGAAUUUCCAGCGAGGCCAGACUGACAGCGACUUGGCCCGGGGCCUUUCUCCUGCCCGUCGGCGUCAUCAUCGAGGGAGUUUGCCUGAAGUACAAGACGCAUUGGAUGGGCCCGGUUAUGGGCAUUGGCAUCGCCGCCUUUGGUCUUCAGAUCGUCUCAACCAAUAUCUACGCAUACUUGGCGGAUUGUUACAAGCCACAGAGUGCUGAGGUCUCUACUCUGCUCAACUUCGGCCGUCUCAGCUGCUUUUCAUUCACAUUGGGGUUUUACAUGAACCCGUUUGCUGAGGGGACCAGUUACGCGAUCGCCUGGUGUGUGAUGGGUCUGAUUGGUGUCGUUUUGUAUGGUGGUAUCGUUUUGUUGAUGUGGAAGGGUCAACACUGGAGGGAGAAAUUGGGUGCACCAAAUUUCCACCGAGACUUGUGA